UCGUUUUUGCCAUGUCUGCGAUGAGUAUUGAAUAAUUAAAAAAAAAUAAUCUAUAGAUCUAACAGACGGGGACCGGAUGUCUAACUUUCACUUUCAGUCUGCGCAGCUCGUUUGCUCGUUAGCUACAACACCGGAACCUUUGUUACCUUAAAAUGAAUUUAGCUUUUAACUAACGCUAUCUGUCAUGUUUGUCUGCGCUCAGAAGCAGUCUGUAUCCCCUCUAGGUCUCACAGGAAGAAGUGGUCUGUGACUUUGAUCAUGUUAGCGUCCGGAUGGGUGUGUGUGUUCGUGGCUGCUGUGUACGCAGACUCUGAGAUUAAGCUGUACAAGAAGGUGGGCGAUGAAGCUGUCCUAAAACUUGAUGCCCCUUGGCCUGGCGCCAUCUCCAGCAUCCUGUGGAAGGAAGGUCCGAACAUCGCCAUGCAGUGGGAUGGGAUAGUUACUGAUGCUUAUCGUCAGUUCAAAGAACGGGGUAGCUUGAACACUACAACCGGAGAGAUGACAAUCACAGGACUGACCCGAGGCGAUAGCGGGUUGUACACGCCGGAAAUCAACAGCAUCCUCUCCCCUGCAACUCGUCUCUUUGUCAUCUCUCCUGUCCCAGAGCCUUCUGUUUCUAAAUCCUGUGAGGAUGAGUCCAGCUGUGUUUUGACCUGUGAGGGAAACACCACAGAUGCUGAACCAGUCACUUACAACUGGGAAUCACCUGAGGCAGGUUCAGCGAAGGAGCGACGCAUCACAAAGGCGGACAGUUCGAGUAUCAGUGAGUUCAUGUGCGAGCUGAAGAAUCCCAUCAGUCGGGAGAGCAGCCAACACAUCCCCAACCCUUUCUUCCAAACCACCGACAAAACAGAACCAGGAAACAUGAACAUCGCCGCAGGGGUCACAGUUUUCAUCAUCCUGGUGACUGCUGUGCUGAUAGUGAUUAUCAUUCAUAAAUGUAAAUCAGGAGAGUGGUUCUUCCAGAAAGACUCCAUGCCAUGGGAAUCAGGCUUCUGGAAGAGAAGUGACAGGCAGGAAAGAAAUGCCGCUGACACUAAUGGCACCCCUACUCGAGAAGCUGAAGCAGCAGACGGGGACACUAAUGAAACACUGAUGAAAGAGGAGGCCAGGCAACGCUAAGUCGGGAAGUCGGGAAAACAACAAGAGCCAGCGAUCUCCAGAGUGAAGAUGAAAUGCAUCGGGAAAUCCCGAUGUUCUCAUGUAUUUCAAGAUUGGUCUGUCUUAAAGCUCCAUAUUAGUGCCAGCUCUAGAGGUUCAAAUCUAGAAUUAAUUAUUAAUUAUUAAUAUUAAUUAUCCAGCCAAAAGUGAGAGUCAAGUUAUCUUGGUGGGUUUCUCUUAUUAAACUGACCAAAAGUGGGCAAGAAGACGUGUCCAAGACUCAGUCUUGCCCCUCUUUUAUACCAUGUAAGACUGAAAAGCUGCCUUUUGAAAAGAGAAAACACUUAUAAAAAAUACACUAAGACAAGAAAUAUUAAAGUUCUCAAGCAUUAAAAAAAAUUAGCCAAAACACUAUAGUUAAGUUCAGCAAAGGAAAGCUCCCCGAAUGUGAAACAAACACUGACAAGGAGAAAAGCCUUCAAGCAGACCUCAUGUCUCCGUGAGGUUUGUUUCAACCAGAGCCCUCAAAGUUCAAAGAAAACCAGGCAGACCUGCACUGUGGGGUUUCCUGUCGGGACCUGGUACCACAAGCUCAUUAACAAAGCAGCUGAUGAUGUCUGGUGGAGGGUCCUGCUGCCUCACAGACUUAUGGAAGAGGUGGGACUGUGCAGUGCAGGGUGGAACUGGUCUGUUGGCAGGAGGUGGUGGUGGGGGGCAACACUAUUGUUUGGAUUGGGCUCAGCCAACAAUCAAAGCUUUGUACACUACUGCUGUGUGCUGUGGCAAGCAUGAUAGAAUAUUUUAAGCGCUACAAAGUUAAUCUUAUUUUUACUCUGUUUUUUUUUUGGGGGGGGGGUGAGGGUUAUCGUCCUUUUCCUGAUCUUAUUUAACUCAUCUUCAUCUUUGCUUUUAUGUCACUGUGUAAUCUGAAACUUUCCAUUGUAAGGGAUUGUCACAGUGUGUGUGUGUGUGUGUGUGAGACAGGUUUGUCUUUAACUCUUCUAUCAUUGACAUAUCUUACUUUUAGUUUAUUGGGCUUUUGGUCACUGUGGUGUUACUUUUAAACAUGUAAUCAGACCUUAUUGUGCAUUGCAACAUUUCAGCUUUUAGUUGAGUUGUUUUUAGCAUUAUAGGGCAACAUUUCCUAACUGAGUCUAACUCAUAUCGCACUACGUAUUUACUGUGUCAUGUUACAAUGUUUGAAUGUAGAUACAUGAAUACAAAAUUGUCUUCUGUACUCCGUAUUUAAUAAAACACAACUGAGGAUCCA